CAGCAUCAGGCCCAGCCUCAGCCCAGCCUCAGCCCCAGCAUCAGCCCCAGCAUCAGGCCCAGCCCAAACCCCAGCCCCAACAUCAGGCCCGGCCCAAGCCUCAGCCCAAACCCCAGCCCUUCCCCACAACCUUUCUCCUGGCCCAACCCUUCCAAACAGCACAGAACCAAACUGUUAUGUUGUCUAAACAGAAUGGCCCCCUGAUGAUAUUUACACUUCCCUAUGUGCAAAGCCCUGCAGCUCAAAGUGAGGAAGUCAAAGGUGUGGAAAGCACUACGUUGCACAACUACAACGUUCCUUGUUCUUGCCAGGUGUGUGGGCAAUCAUUUGACUUCACGCGUCAUUUGAUAAGACAUGUUCAGAUGCACUUAGCGGAGCAAAACCGUUUGUGUGGUUUGUGUGGGAAGGUCCUUGGGCCUGCAGAGAACAUGGCGGUUCACCUGCAAACUCACAGUCUAAUGAAAACUUUUUGUCAUAUUUGUGGCAAAUGUUUCCCUAAGAAUUCUGAGCUGAAAUAUCAUAUAAGUAUUUAUCACUAUGUGGAGAAGCCACAUCUGUGCGAAGUGUGUGGCAAAACCUUCAGACAUGGCAAGGCCCUUAAAGAGCAUCAUACGUCCGUUCACAUAGAGGGACGAGAUAAGCCAUAUAAAUGCCAUUUGUGCCGAAAAGGCUUCUCAGGAGAAAGACAAGUUAAACUCCACCAGUUAACUCACACUGGAGAGAAACCGUUUCAGUGUGAAGAUUGUGGCAUGUGCUUCAGGGAGAAGAACACUCUUAAAGGGCACAUGAGGACUCACACAGGAGAGAAACCGUAUAAGUGCAGAGAGUGUGGAAAAUGCUUUAGAUUGUUAGGUGCUUUAAAAUGUCACCUACUAACUCACACUGGAGAGAAACCGUAUCGCUGCAACGUCUGUGGCAGAUGCUUCAGUCAGUCCUCAUCCCGCAAGACUCACAUGAAAACUCACAAAAUGGCUCACGCAGUACAGAGUGCAGAGAGACCACAGAGACCACAGAGUGCAGAGAGACCACAGAGUGCAGAGAGACCACAGAGUGCAGAGAGACCACAGAGUGCAGAGAGACCACAGAGUGCAGAGAGACCACAGAGUCCACAGAGUGCAGAAAAGGCUUUGUCGGAGUAGGAUCUCUAAAAUGCCGGUCCAAUGGAGAGACACCAUAGCUUAGAUCCCCCUCACAACACAUAUGAACAUUUACUAAAGGGAGAACCCACAACAUGCCUUAGAAGUUGUAAAAGUGGCCUGUUCUGACAUGUUUUAGAAGACAAAGACAUGCCUCUAAAGUCACUUCUCUUGUUUAAAUACAUUGUGAGUUAGCAGUUUAAAAUCAUCGCUAAUGGACUUAGACUGACUCUCCAACAUUCCACAGUACAUGUCAUUUUCACAAAGAGGAGUCGACAGCAUGUGGUCAACUUGUCUGUCCCAAAUUGUUAUGAGACUGCUGACUGGUCCCUAAAAUGUGUUAGUCUCACAGUCACAGAUUGAUUCAUUUCUUUAUGUUUUGGUUAAAAAGUAUUGUGUAUUGUAGCUGCCAGAGGAUAACACAAUAAAAUAUUUUGUACUGUUUUUCAA